AGACCCCCUGCGGGGCGGUUCCACGCGUGACGGCGGAGCCCCGCGCCGGGCGGGCCCGGGCGGCGGCAGCAGCAGCAGCGGGCGAGGAGGCUGCCGCCGGCCAUGCCAGUGCUCGCGGCCGAUGCUGAGUCAGAAACAGGUAUCCCGAAAUCCCCCUCUGAGGUGCGGUGCUCAGAGGCCAUGGAGGAGCUAGAGCACACCUGCCCUCAGCCUCGCCUGACUCUGACAACACCUGCUCCAUUUGCCGAUGAAACAAGCUGUCAGUGCCGAGCCCCCCAUGAGAAGCUAACUAUCGCACAAGCCCGCCUGGGAACACCAGUCGACAGACCUGUCAGAGUGUAUGCAGAUGGGAUAUUUGACCUCUUCCACUCUGGCCAUGCUAGAGCUCUUAUGCAAGCCAAAACUCUAUUUCCAAAUAGCUACUUAUUAGUAGGAGUUUGCAGUGAUGAUUUAACUCAUAAAUUCAAAGGCUUCACUGUGAUGAAUGAAACUGAGCGAUAUGAAGCCCUCAGACACUGUCGCUAUGUGGAUGAGGUCAUCAGAGAUGCACCCUGGACACUGACACCUGAGUUCCUUGAAAAACAUAAGAUUGACUUUGUAGCCCAUGAUGACAUCCCAUACUCCUCCGCUGGCUCGGAUGAUGUAUACAAACACAUAAAGGAGGCGGGAAUGUUUGUACCAACACAGAGAACUGAAGGUAUCUCCACGUCUGAUAUCAUCACAAGGAUCGUGCGGGACUAUGACGUGUAUGCCAGGCGCAAUCUCCAACGAGGAUACACCGCUAAAGAGCUGAAUGUUAGUUUUAUAAAUGAGAAGAAAUACCGUUUUCAAAACCAAGUGGACAAAAUGAAAGAAAAAGUCAAGAAUGUGGAGGAAAAAUCAAAAGAAUUUGUUUACAAGGUGGAGGAGAAGAGCCAUGACCUCAUUCAGAAAUGGGAAGAAAAGUCCAGGGAGUUUAUUGGCAACUUUUUAGAGCUGUUUGGACCCGAUGGAGCCUUGAAGCAGAUGUUCCAGGAACGAAGUGGCCGAAUGCUCCAGGCUUUUUCUCCCCGGCAGAGCCCCAACAGCAGUCCUACACGAGGCCGCUCUCCAUCCCGUUCUCCAUCUCCACCCUGGGUCUUCAAUAAAGCCUCUCCUCCAUCUUCUCCAAAGGCUGCAUCUGCCUCCCUCAGCAGCAUGAGCGAGGGAGAUGAGGAUGAAAAGUAAAAUAUUUAUUUUUUUAACCAUGAGACAGAAGAACAAGCCACAAACUCAACCACUGGAUGGGGAGAAGCGUGAGGAACAUCAGGGGUAUCUCUGACAGCAGGAAAUGUGCUCUGGAAGAUGCCGUAAACAGAUCGGAGCACAGCAAGGGAGAUCUCAGGAAGAGCUUAUCCCAUCCCCACUCCCCACGGUGCCCAGUAGCCCAGCCAGCAGGGCUUGCCAGACACGGAACUGGGCUCUGACAGAAAACAGACACCUUUGUACAGGUUCCUGUCCGUGUCUCACUGCUUACAGCUGCUGCAGCCAGGGCAGGGAGCUCUGCACCGAGCAGGGCUGGCAGGGGAGCCCUGCUGGACCCAGUACACAGGCAAGCAAUGGCUGCAGUAUGUGGAUGGAGGAGACGCAGCCGUACCGGACCCUGCUAACCCUGAGCUUUUCUGGCAUGUGAAGGAAUGGCACUGCUGCAGCAAGUUCAUGGAGAAAUGGGAUGAAACUUUACUUCUUUUUCACUGGGAUCUGCCCCAGACCUCAAACCACAACAGUGAAAUGGAGAGCCCUCUAGCUGAGUUGGUGGGAGUCAUUUUAAUACAUUGAAGCUACUGAGUGCUGCUUGUUGACCAAGCCUCUGUACAGGGUGUAUGUAGAGUCACACUGUAUUUACCAAAUCACUCUCCGUGUUCCCAGUGCCUGAACAGCCACCUGAUAACUGCUGGUUUGCUCCCUGACUUUCCAGUUGGGAGGCAAGAAAGUAAGUGAAAACACAGCCCUUGCUGGAGUGUGUUGUAGGAAUUACAGUUUGAGGAUGUUGGCAAUCUUUACCAGUGAAUUCUGACAAACACACGGGAUCCCAAUGCCUCAGGACACAGCCUCCUUGGAAACUCUGCUGCUCCCAGCUAUGUGUCACCAAAUGAUGAGCGCAACAAUGCUGCUAUCACCACAUGCUAUGCAGAUGGUUAAACGCAUUUCACAUCAAAAUCUAGCCAAGAUGUGUGCACAGACACCAUGUUCAUGGAGAGGGUCCCAAGGCCAUUCCUCACCACCCUCAUGUGGAGAAGAGCUGGGGAGAAGGUUUUAAACAGGUUAGGUGGGCAUGGGGGUCUCUGUCCACAACACCCACACAGCCCCCAGCAGAACCACAGCACGAGCAGCAUGAGUGAAGCUUUGCCCUCCCCUCAGUGCACCAGCCCAUCUUCUCAGCUGUGCCAAGCCCAACCUGCCUGAUGCCCGGCUGCAUCACUCAGCCCCUCAGCCGGUGCCUGGUGAAGCAGCUUGCAGGGCUUCUGAGCACAGGGACACCCGGCCCCAGAGGCUGCCCUGCCCCACAGCUCAGAGCACCACAGAAGACAUCGCUGCAGUAGGACUGCAAAGUACCAGUGCCAGUUUGCUCCUGGAUUGCCUGGCGAAGCCUGCCUCAGUGCAUGGGAACACUGGAGGCUCUCCAGACCAGUGCCAGCCCAGGUAAAGGCUGCCACUGCCUGCCUGCCCCUCCUCAGGCAGGGGGUGCACCGGAGCUGCCCGGAGCUGCAAACCCACCAGGGCACACAGACUGCUGUGGGCAGCACUUCAGUGGUCCCCAGCAAAGGCAGCACAGGGAACACUGGGAGAGGGAAGAGCUGAAGGAACAAGAUGCCUGAACACAGGGGGUGGUAGUACCUGCUGGCAGCAGUCCCUCCCUGCAGCCACCGUCCUUACUUGAGUGACCCAGUAGGUAAAUUCCUUUCACUCCUUCCCUUUCAGAUGCUUUUCCAGGCAGGUAAAUUACAGAUCCUUGUACCAGGCACCAAGUUAUCCCUGUGUUCUGUUCAUUCCUACAACUUUCAUCCCUCCCUCACUACAGGGUAACCGAUUUUUCUUUGGGAACUUUUUGCCAGACACUUCUUGGAUGCUGUAGCACCAAGGAUGUUCCAUCUCAUGGCGGGCUUUGUCCUUUGGAGUCCUUCUUCACAGAGCUGCAAAAAGAGAGGAGCAGGGAAUAGGGUGGGAAGUGCAAAGGAAGUGCCAGGGCUAGUUCAGCUGCUGCCAGCUGUGUGCCCUAUGGGAUGAUGCAAUUAAGACCUUUCUCAGCCUUAGGCAACCUGUUACUGUAAUUUCAUACCUGGGAUGCACUUGUUAGUUUUUCUGAUCCUUUGCAAGUCCUAAGUCUUCCCAUCACAAACUACUCCACCACAAGAACUGUCUGCUCUGUGCUGGUGCUGUUUAUACCAUGAGUGAUGGCCAAGCGCAAUGGAGGUCAGCAGAUUUUUGUUGUUCUUGGCUUUCACCAUUUUUGUUUUUAGUUUCAUAACUUAGUGAUUUUGUAAGCUUACUGUUCAGCAGCCUCUGUUCAGUGCUUUGAGUGGAAGACAGCACCAUGACCUGUAAAUAGGGACGAAACGAAACCUCACCUGUGGCUUCUGCCAAACAGAAGCUGUUUCUCAGAGAGUCACAGGUGCCACCCAGCAACAAAGCCAUACACUGUACCAGGCACCUGACCACAGUUAGGAUCUCACCAAGCUGAAGCCUUUGCCCUGCUGGUACAGACACCAAACCCUGUGCUGUCUCCAGCAAACCAGAACCUCAUUGCCUCUGCACACACGGAGGGCAGUUUUGCACUUCUGAGUCGUGGUUGGGUUUUAUUUUUCAUGAGUGUUGCUUCAAUUCAGUCCCAUUUACCAGCCAAGCUCCACAAGAAAAAUAAACAGUGUACCACAGAUA